GCCCGGGCGGCAGGACUAUAAUGCAAAGUGCCAUGUUCCUGGCCGUCCAUCACGACUGCGGAUCCAUGGACAAGAGCUCUGGCAGCAGCCCUAAGAGCGAGGAGAAGCGGGAGAAAAUGAAGCGGACCUUGUUAAAAGAUUGGAAGGCUCGUUUGAGCUACUUCUUGCAACACUCCUCCUCUCCUGAGAAGUCCAAAACUGGCAAGAAGAGCAAACAGCAAAACUUCAUCAGGCCUUCUCCCGAGGAGGCACAGCUGUGGUCAGAAGCCUUCGAUGAGCUGCUCGCCAGCAAAUAUGGUCUUGCUGCGUUCAGGGCUUUUUUGAAAUCGGAAUUCUGUGAAGAAAAUAUUGAAUUCUGGCUGGCCUGUGAAGACUUCAAAAAAACCAAGUCACCCCAAAAGCUGUCCUCAAAAGCAAAGAAAAUAUAUACUGACUUCAUAGAAAAAGAAGCCCCCAAAGAGAUAAACAUAGACUUUCAAACCAAAACGCUCAUUGCCCAGAACAUCCAAGAGGCUACAAGUGGCUGCUUUGCGACAGCCCAGAAGAGGGUGUACAGCCUGAUGGAGAACAACUCCUAUCCCCGCUUCUUGGAGUCGGCAUUCUACCAGGAUUUGUGUAAAAAGCCCCAGAUCGCCGCGGAGGCCCAUGCUACAUGAGAUGAAAACGAGCCCCAGCGUGGAGGACUUUUCAUUUUGUUCCUAAGGGGGAAAGGCUGUGACCUUCCCCAAAGGACUGACCUUGAAUUCAGGCUGGGUGUUGGGGAGACGUCACUCAGAACUGUUGAUUCAGAGUUGGGGAGCGCACUGGGAAGCUGGCAGCCCCCAGGAGAGGCUUGUACCGGGGUGGCCUCCGUGACUGUGACUGUACAGCACACGGGGAGCGCGUGGUCCGAUCCGGGGGUGUCUCCCGCUGGAAGGGCAGGAACCUGGGAUGGAAAGAGAACGAUGAAAUACUAUUGGUCCAAAAGCAUUUUUGAAAUCAAUGGGUCUGGGAUCCUGUGGCCUUAGGUAGCUGGCUGUACAUCUUUCCCAAGGUCGGUCCAUGUGCGACACAGUGGUUUUAGUUUUAGUCUGUUUUUGUACUAAGUAAUGUUAACGUGUUUACUACGUGCAAGCAUAUCGAAGUGCUCGUGACUGCAGAUCUUCAGUCCCGUGGUCUCGGGACCCUGAAGCUGAAGUCUGUGUUUUUACUGCCCCUCGGUGUGUCCCAGAGUGAGUGCUAUUGUGUAGGAAAUAGUGUCCGUUGUGAGUGCCAAAACAUGUCCUGAAGGCAGCUAACCUUUGAAGUGGUCUUUGCAUACUUUUAAUAAAUUUAUUUUGAUAAAUAAUGUCA